AUGCUAUUCUCCUCGCUGUUUCUUCUCCCAUUAGUCGCAUUGGGCACAAGCGUGAACGCACUUUCUACAAUCACCCAGCCACUCGCGAACUACAAAUGGCCAACUCAGUUUGUUCGAAGCGGCGAGGCAAACAUUCAAGUCCUCGUCCAGGGCGCAGGACCGACUGUUGUAAUUCUACCUUCCUACGGGCGAGAUGGUGGUGAUGAUUACAAUUACUUCACUGAUUCCCUAGUCGAUGCAGGGUACCUCGUGCUGCGUCCUCAGCCACGCGGUACCUUCGAGUCUACAGGACCAAUGACCAACGUGACUCUGGAAGAACUUGCGGCAGACGUUGCAGCUGUAAUUGAUACACUGGGUGGGGCCCAAGCCAUCGUGAUCGGCCACGCUUUCGGCACCUUCCUCGCCAAGGUCAGCUCUGUCCUGUAUCCGGAGAAGAUCCCUGCAAUCGUUGUGGCAGCUCCAGGUGGCAUCGAACUGCCGACCAAUAUCGCCGGAAUGCCUUUUAUCACUGGAAACACCUCUUUGCCUAUUUCCGACCGCCUUGUUGCUCUUCAAACGGCUUUCUUUGCGCCUGAUCACGACGCGCAUAUUUGGUUGGACGGUUGGUAUCCUGACGUGCUUGCUAUGGAGCACGCGGCUGUGGAAGCCUACGGAAGCUUGAGUUCACACUGGGGUGGUGCCGAUACCGCACAGGUUCUGGAGGUGAUUCCGGCGGAUGACCCGUUCCAGCCGAAGUCCCAAUGGAAUGUCACUACAAACCUAUAUCCGAACCGAGCUACCUUAAAAGUCAUCGCCGAUGCCUCUCAUGCCCUGUUCCCUGAGCAGGGGAAGGCUGUUGUGGAGGCAAUUCUGCCUUGGUUAAAUCUUCAGAGCUCUAAGAUUUGA